AAAUGGUUGCACAUCACUAGACUUGCUACGUUGUGUGAAAUUUCGAUUUUGCGUUUUUGUAGGCGACUAAUCUGAUAAAUUAGAUUUUCUUAGUUUGUUAAUAAGUUUAGAAGAACUAGAAAUAAAAAUGUCGCGGCAAACAUCAAGACUUGAUGCUAAGAAAGUGAAUUCAGAGCUCUUGACGCUCACUUACGGUGCUUUGGUCUCUCAAAUGUUAAAAGAACAAGAAAACUCAGAGGAUGUUAACAAGCAAUUGGAGAGAAUUGGUUAUAACAUGGGCGUAAGACUGAUCGAAGACUUUCUUGCCAGGACUACUUCGACUAGAUGUUUGGAAAUGAGAGAAACAGCGGACAAAAUACAGCAAGCUUUCAGACUAUACCUCAACAUGCAGCCAACGGUCACUAGUUGGAGCAGCGCAGGCGAUGAGUUCUCCCUCGUCUGGGACCAGUGUCCGCUCAGUGAGUGGGUGGAGAUGCCCAACAACGGCCUGAAGUACUGCGCACUGAUACCGGGGGCGAUACGGGGUGCGCUGCAGAUGGUGCAGUUGGACGUUCAGUGCUGGUUUAUACAGGACCAGCUGAAAGGCGAUCCGGUCACAGAGCUACGAGUGAAGUACAUCAAAAGGUUAGAAGACGCAGUGCCCGCUGGAGAAGAUUAAUUAUUUAAACUGCAAUGUAUGUUUCCAAUUACUAUUAUUUAAUGGUUAAGAUCUUGUGGAGUCAUGUUUAAUACGCUGUGAUCUCUAUUUCAUCUUAGGCUGGUUUUAGAGUCACGCUGACGCACGCUGACCGUCAGCGCUGACAGCCGAAAUGUAAAGCGUCGGCGCCGAGCGAUCAGCGUCACUCAGGAACGUUCCCUUCAAUAGACAUGUUGACACCACCAAUCAAUUGACGUACUUUUUAAAACUGUCAAAACGAAACUCUAUCAUAGAUUUUGUAUGGCC